AGGGUGGGUGUUUGGUGGGGGAAUAAAUCCUCCCCUGACUGGAGUCCCGGAACGUCUCGCACGGGGCUGCAUUUGGCCCCUGGGAAGAAACGGACACCAUGAUCGCCUGCUUAGCCAAAGGGAAUCUGCUGGAUGUUCUGCAAGAGGGAUUCACAGAGCAACAGUUACAGUCGUACGUGGUUUGGGUGAAUUUGCAGCUAAAGAAAAAACCCGGUGUCUGCCCUGUGGAGGACCUGCGACGAGACCUGAGAGAUGGGGUGGUGCUGGCACAUCUGGUAGAGAUCGUCGCUGGGGAGCGUCUCGGGGACAUUGCUCCCAGCCCCGGCAGCCAACAGGAGAUGAAGGACAAUGUGGAAAAGGUCCUGCAGUUCGUGGCUUCCAAAAAGAUCCGCAUGCACCAGACCUCGGCCCGAGAUAUCGUGGACGGGAACCUGAAGUGUAUCAUGCGUCUGAUCCUGGCACUGGCCGCUCACUUCAAGCCCUCGGGCGUCCGUUCGACCGGCCACACGUCCUCGGCCAUCAGGGCCCACAACCUCGCCUCGGACAACCACAGGCCGCACUCGGCCACCGCCAUGGCUCAGAGUGCCGUCGCCGCGCUGGCCGAGGUCCGACACGAUGUCUCCCGCUCUGGACGGGAAGUGUUCCGAUACAAACAGGAAGUCCAGAGGACCGGUAGCUUUGAGGAGGAGGUGGGGAGUCCGUGCUGGAGUGUGCGAGCUAUGGUGAAGCAGUUUGAGUGGCACCAGGUCCCUUUAUCACCACCAGCAACCGAGAGUGUCAGUUCACAGAGCCCAAUCCACAGCACAAAACAGGAGUCUAUUUCAAGCGAACUGGAUGAAAGCUUGGAAUUAUCUAGCCAGAAAGAAGAAUGGGAGAAUGGGGAUGAAGACAAUAACUCGUCUGGUUGGAAUUCCAUGACUUCGGGAAAAACGCAGGAGAAUGAUGAUCAAUGGGAAGAUCAGUUGCUGGAUCAACAGGAUCAGUUGGGAAAAGAGAUGGAAGAAGCCAGGCAAAUGAUCUCCAUUUUGCAAGCUUUGCUACUGAACGGUUCGCUGCCUGAAGACGAACAAGAGGGAUCCUUUCCCCUGUCCGAGCAGGGAGCCUGCUCAGAGGAGCAACUGGUCAUCAUCAAGGGCCGUCUGGAUCAAAGUAUGGAAGAAUGUCAGGAACUGAAGAAAGAACUCCUGAAAUACAAACAAGAAUCACGGAACCUCCAGGGAGUAAAGGAUGCCUUGCAGCAGAGGAUGGUGCAGCAGGAAAGCUCCAUCCUGCAGCUGAAGCAGGAGUUACUGCGCAUGAGCAUGGCCAAGGACGAGCUGUUCAGCCAGAACCUCGAUCUACAGAGGAAGAUUGAGGAGCGGAGCAGACUGCUGGGAGAAUUUAAAAGAGAGUUGGGACAGAAGGACCGCAUGCUGCAGCAGCACCAGGCGAAGCUGGAGGAGGCUGUGAGGAAGCUGGCGGAGGCCAGUCACAUAAAGGUACUUGCGUGUUCCUGUAGACCAGCACAGGACAAUGGCGUGUCGACCACUGCUGCCAAACCCACACCUCAGGUGUACAGAGGGACUGACGACCUGCAGAUCGUGCGGGAUUCUCUACGUAGUUUAAGGAACAACUUCAGCAACCACGACCCCCAGCACCACACCAUCGACACACUGGAACAAGGCAUUGCCAGUUUGCUGGAGCGAAUGCACAUUGCUGAGAUACAGGGCAGAGGUGCCAGCAAGCCUCCUGUGAAACCUUCAAUGAACAGAGGGUUCAGUACAGAGAGAGAAUCCUGGUCACCAAAUACAAAGGCUCACCGCUCUCACGCCAGCCCUGGCUCCAGCAGCACUGCCUACACCAAGGUGGUGUAUUUCACAGAUCGAUCGUUGGUUCCGUUUAUGGUAAACAUUCCAAAGAGACUUGGGGAAGUAGCGUUGAAAGACUUCAAAGAAGCAAUCGAUCGGGAAGGGAAUUACAGAUAUCAUUUCAAAGCCCUGGACCCGGAAUUCGGCACGGUGAAGGAGGAGCUUUUCCACGACCAUGAUAUUGUACCUGGCUGGGAAGGCAAAAUAGUGGGGUGGGUAGAAGAAGACCCUGGGGAUGGUAGAUAGACUGACAAAACGCUCACCCACCCACCCACCGCCCUCUGUCCCCCGUCUCCCUGCAGAGCGGGAGAUUUAUAUUUUUAUGAAACGCAGCACAGCCACCAAAGAGGAGGAAGGCGAUGACUAGCUGUGUUUGCCUCGGGGCCGAGACCUCCCGCCUCGCCAAGUGCCCAACGCGAGCGAGGGUCGAAGCUGAUGGUUUGGGAUCAUGAAUGCGCAAUGUGGAGCUGACAUGUGACGCCUUUUUUUUGGGGAGUGGCACGGCCCGUAUGAUAGUAAUUCGGCAAAACGGCAAGUCCUUUUUGCCAAUGUUACGGAAAUGGGCUCUGUCUGUCUCUGUCUGUCUGUCUGUCUGACACUGACUGCGGCUUUUCCCCCUUUGACAUCUGACAAAGCCAUAACCGCCUUGUGACUGCGUUAGGGACGAGUGAUUGGACGCCAGAAUGAACUUAGGCUGUGCCUUUCUAUGUUAAAUUAUUGUUAAAGCUUCCAAACUGUUUUUUUUUCUUUCUGCCACCAAAUCCGGGUGGUGUACCUUGACAACAUUCUCCCAGGCGGGCUGGCAGCCCCAGUGCCUGUUGUUGUCUGGCUCUCUUGGUUUCAGCCUGAAGAGCUUAAUCGGGCAUCAGUCCUUCAAAAGAACUGGACUGAACAAUUCCCCCCCAGUCCACACCAGCCGGUUUGAGCAUCGCAUCAUUUGAGCAUCAAUUUUGGGGUUGAUUAGACUUAUUUAACCUAAGGAGAGACCCUGACUCCGAGCCAUCAGCCUCAGCAGAUGAAGAAAGCAGAUGAGAGACACGGCUGGAUUUGGGGGGGAAGGAAAAGUGCUGAAGAAUUCGCUAUUGAGGAUUUUUUAUUUAAGGUUUUUUGGGGGGCGAUUGAUUUAUUUGAGGUUCUAUCGAAGAAUGGCAAAGCUUCCUUCUGAAAAUUUCUUGGGAGACGCAGCUGUAGAUUGUUGUUUUUCCCUCUCUUCUUCUCCCCCCCCCCCCACACACAUACACACACACACACACAGAGUUUAAAACCCGCUAUUUGUAACGAUGGGAGCAAAUAGCUUCAGAAAUAGAUCGUGUCAGAGUUGAGUUCCUGCGAGUGUUGGGAGUUGCUAUUUGUGAUUCCUGUUAUAAUUACAAUCUUUGACUGAGCCUCGCCCCCCCCCAUCAAAAAGAAUAA